AUGGAAACUUCGGAGGAGCCUCCGCGUUCGGGAGAGAAUGUCGUUGCCGGCCUGGUUUCGACAGGCAAGUGGAUGGGCGUCGUUUCGGGGACGUUUACUCUCGUCCUCUGGGUCAUGCACUGCUUCGAUUUGAGCGCGUCGCUCGACUACGACAAACGCGACUUCUUCAACGAUGUGAAUGCGCGGGGGUGGCGGAAAGGCUUAUUUUCUCUUGACUCCGAGGUCUUUUGGGACGCUUGGACACCCUUCAUCAUGGGAAUGAUGUCUCUCCUCAUGCACACUGAACGGUUCCAAAUGCCAGUCUUCACCAGCAACUGGUGUCGGUUCGGGUUUUGGCACGCGGCCGUCUGCCUGUUUGCCAAUCUCGGCUACAACGGCAUCGCUGGGCUGGUGGUUGGAGCCUUCACAGCGCUCACCGCUCUCAUCGCGUUUCUCCUCGUCUGCUUCCACCGAGGGCCUGCGCAUCUCUUCACCGACACCGGCAAACCCAUCCACCCUUUCUACGCCUGGUUCAUCUUGCACGACGCCCGAGGGAACAACCGUCUACGCAGUGCAAACUCGCGACAAAACGGCAAGACGCCGGGUUCUGUACAAGAAAGGUUUCCUCCGAAACGCGCCUUUCCAGCGACCCCUGCAGUCAAUGCAGAUCUCCAGGACACGCCCGCGACGACAGAUGCCCUUCCGGAGACACCAAAACCCGAUACACGCGCCGAGGACACAAAGGAAGAAGCGAAGGAACCCCCGGCAGAAGCGUGA